CACACUUCCCACUUGACAAUCGCGACUUCCUCGUCUCGACUCCAGUACUAACUCCAGCCCCUCGUACAAAUCCUCCAAAAUGGGUCGUCUUCACAGCAACGGAAAGGGAAUAUCGUCCUCCGCGAUCCCCUACUCUCGCAACCCCCCCGCUUGGUUGAAGACCACUCCCGAGCAGGUUGUUGAGCAGAUCGGCAAGCUCGCAAAGAAGGGUGCCACUCCCUCCCAGAUUGGCGAGAUCCUUCGUGACUCUCACGGCAUUGCUCAAGUCAAGGUUGUCACCGGUAACAAGAUCCUCCGUAUCUUGAAGUCGAACGGCCUCGCCCCCGAGAUCCCCGAGGACCUCUACAUGCUCAUCAAGAAGGCUGUUGCCGUCCGCAAGCACCUUUCCACCAACCGCAAGGACAAGGACUCCAAGUUCCGCCUCAUUCUCAUCGAGUCCCGUAUCCACCGUCUCUCCCGCUACUACAAGACCGUCGGUGCCCUCCCCCCUACCUGGAGGUACGAGAGCGCCACCGCCUCCACCCUUGUCGCAUAAGCGCAUGUGGAACUAGUAUGAGUGGGCGUGGAAGUAGAAAAUAUCCAAACGGAGUUUCACGGGCAUGGAUGCUUUACGACUACCCAUAAAAGGGAGCUUUGGGCAUGAUCCGGAAUGAAUGAAAAGUAUUACAUCAAUUCAAACACAUUCUCGUG